AUGGAUAAAUACACUACUCUUCAGCAACAGGGUACCUGGUCUCUUGUUCCUCUUCCAUCCUCUAAACAUUCUAUUGGCUGCAACAUUGUUGGGGCCCUUCAAUAUCUUACAAUCACCAGACCUGAGUUGUCUUAUGCUGUGAAUCAAGCUUGUCAAUUCAUGCACUCCCCCACAGUGGGUCAUUUCUCAUCCGUUAAACGCAUCCUAAGAUAUGUGAAAGGCACAUUGGCCCAUGGUCUUCAUUUUACUCCUAGUCAUUUUGGUUUACAAGCAUAUAGUGAUUCCAAUUGGGCUGGGGAUCCAGCUGACAGACGUUCUACUUCUGGCUAUUGUGUUUAUUUGGGCAAUAAUCUGGUUUCAUGGUCUUCCAAAAAGCAAUCAACAGUAUCUCGCUCUUCCACCGAAGCAGAAUACCGUUCUUUAGCUCAUACUGCAGCAGAGUUAACUUGGCUUCAAAUGUUGCUUGUUGAUUUCUCUAUUCCUCACACCUCUCCUCCCAUCUUAUGA